GACGCACUAAAGUUUAUCCGGCAGGGAGGAGAUAAACACCUUCUCUCGAGGCUGUUGAGAAGUUUUCGCGGCAAGCACGGCGCCUUGAAUCUCCUGUCAAUUCUCCAAAAAAUGGGUUCUACCAGUAGCUCUCACCCGAGUUAUGAAGACGGUGAUGUGUCACGCAUUUCCACUGAAGAUUUCGAGCCAUCUCGCCUGACUUCACCUUAUGGAAAACGAAAAAAAGUUAAGAUUGGAUUCUGCGAAAUUCGUCUAUUCUGGGCAAACUUAUUUUUUGCAUUUCUUGCUGUAGCCGGCCAAGUCGGUCAGAACGUUUCACUUCCCCUUUGGAUCGAUUCCGUGAAUGGGAAUCAUUCGGGAAAAUCAGUCGACAGUUACUUUGUGCUGUCUUUCGCGAGUUUGUCGUUUGUAGUAAUAUUUGGACUUGGAACGUUGUUCAUUAAAACAUUUUCACCUCAAGAUCUCGGCGAAACAGAAAAACGUUUUCCACACCUUCUGCUCUUCUUGGUUGGCUUCUGUGACUCUUUGAACGGAGCUCUGGUUGUAUUCGCGAGUAAAGGGUCGAGAACACCGCCAUACCUUCAAGCGAUUCUUGGAAACUUCAUGAUCCCUUUGACUAUUUUAAUCAGGAUGCUGAUUUUGCGCAAGAAGCCCACCCUGCUGAAGUUGUCCUGUGGUGUCAUCGUGGUUGUUGGUCUUUUCAUUUGCCUCAUCCCAACAAUUUUUCCCGAUGUUGAUCCCAAAUCCGAGAAAAGAAAAAACGAUGCUCAGGGUGUUUCCAGAGUAAUGUGGCCGAUGAUUUUCAUGCUUGGUUUCGCUCCUUUAGCCGUCAUGAACGUGAUCGAAGAGAAGGGAGUGAAGAUGGAAAGUAAAUCAUCAAAGAAAUGCAUCAACUUGAUGUAUUUUCUAUUUUGGACGUCUUCAUAUCAGCUGCUGUGCGUGGGACUUUUGUUUUGGUUGGACAUUCUGCCGUGGUAUGGAAAUGUUGGCAAUAUCCAAGAGUUUGGGGAAAAUUGGUGGUUUGGAGUUCAAUGCUUCUUUGGCGCAGCAGGUUGUGACUCCACGUCAGGCAUCAGAGGAACUAUUUUCAUUAUCAUGUACGUUUUAUCCUAUGCUGGAGGCGCCAAUCUACUGAGACACGCCGAGGGAGCCACUUGGCUGGCUAUUGUAUCGUCACUGGUCACGCCACUGGGCUUCAUUUUCUGGACAUUGUUCAACGAAACACCAUUCAAAUGGCACCCCGCAGGUCACGUGAGCACUUGGUUCAGUAUCGGUGCGUUAGCCAUCAUGGUUCCUGCCAUUUUUGUUUACAACAUGGGGGCACCAGAGAUUUCGCUGGACACGAAUAAAAAUCAAAGUGAGGAGUAUAACUCAGCACUAGGACCAGGGCAACCUCUUCUCUCGAGUACAGAAAGCAGACAUCCACCGAACUAUAACGUUUAAGAGACUUAAAAGCAGUAGCAGUUAGACUUGCGUUUUAUCAUUACACUUGUAGAGGAAGAGGCCAAAACUAAGAUGUUGUGUUUCAAGGAUACGCGUGGACAGCAUCCAUUUGCAAAGUGACUACAGUUCAUCCGAAAUAAAAGGACAAGAUCUGAUUUUAUAGCAUGUUUUACAUGACAUCAAAGCAGUAAGGCUAGGUUAACAAGCAGAUAAAGUAAAUUUAAAAAAAAGCUGAACAAAAAUAUGAUUAUAAAGUGCAUAAGCAAAUACGACUGAAAGAGCUGGUGCGGAUGAGUUUGCGAUCGAUU